AAAGAAUUCAAUCCAUGAACUGAAAUAAUGGAAAUCUGCAGGAGCCAUGGAUCAGGCGGAGGGGAGUAGCCGAUGAGUAACCUCGCCAACUUGGCUUUUCGUCCGGUUUUUUAAAAGAGCAGUUUCACUAUGACGGAGCGUUACGGUGGUUUUGGUGAAAAGGAGGGCGGCGUAGCUAAUUGUUUUAUGUAGCUAACAGGCUAGCGCUGGAGCUCUGGUAUGUUAGCUUGCGCGCUAGCAGGCUAGGAGAGAUCAGGGGGAGGGGAGAGUUCCUUUGCUUUGAAAUUGUUUCAGAUCAGCUAGCUGCCAUUAGCAUUAGCUCACCAGGGACUAAGCUUUUUUGGGGGGUGAAGUUUUUCAGUUUUUUUAAUAAGUUUUUUCAGCUCAUAUUUUUUUUAUUGAGCAUAGAACUUCUGUGGUGUUUGAAUCAACGUUGGUGAAUCCAGGUCAUGGAAGCUGCGUGAUGUGAGGGCAACGUAGCAGCAAAGCUUGCGGCUAACCAGACCAGACAAUACAUUUCAAAUAGGUUGAUGAAUCCAGUGGCUUAUCGCUUACAGUUGACGCUGCCGGGCUGCCCGUCUAACGUUAGCUUAGCCUCCGGGCUAGCGGCGGCUAGCGCCGGGCAGAAGUUGUCUGUUUGACUAGCGAUAGCUCGGCGUAGCUAGCAAGUUGCUCAGCGCUUCAGCGGAACAACUGAGCGUCGCCUCGCCAGCGAGUUGACGAGAUCGGCAGUCGCCCCCUCGAUGGUGAUUGAGACAAUGGACUUUAACGUUGCAGCCCCGCAGUGAAAGGAUGAGUUCGUGCUUUGUACCAAACGGGGCCAGUUUGGAGGACUGCCACUCCAACCUCUUCUGCCUGGCUGAUUUGACCGGAAUAAAAUGGAGGCGUUUUGUGUGGCAAGGGCCCACCUCUUCGCCCAUCCUUUUCCCUGUGACCGAGGAGGACCCGAUCCUGUGUAGUUUCAGCCGAUGCUUGGCUGCAGAUGUGCUGAGUGUGUGGAGAAGACACCACACCCCGGGUCGCCGAGAGCUCUGGCUUUUCUGGUGGGGGGAUGACCCCAGUUUCGCAGAGCUUAUCCACAAUGAGCUCUCAAGUGAGGAGGAUGGCGAGUGGGAGAGUGGCCUGUCCUACGAGUGUCGAACGCUGCUGUUCAAAGCCAUCCACAACCUGCUGGAGCGCUGUCUCAUGAACAGAGGCUUUGUUCGCAUUGGGAAGUGGUUCGUUAAGCCGUACCAGAAGGAAGAGAAGACCAUUAAUAAAAGCGAGCACCUAUCUUGUGCAUUCACCUUCUUCGUACAUGGCGACAGCAACGUGUGCACGAGUGUGGAGAUCGCUCAACAUCAGCCUCUUCAGUGGCUGAGCGAGGAGCAUCUCAGCCUAGCCCAGCAGAGCUCUAACCCCUUGCAAGUCAUCCUGAGCCCAUAUGGCUUAAAUGGGACCCUCACCGGCCAGGCCUUUAAGAUGUCAGACCACCCCACGCAGAAGCUCAUUGAAGAGUGGAGGCAGUUUUAUCCCAUCAGCCCCAAUCCCAAGGAGGUCCCGGAAGACAAGAUGGAGGAUACUGAUUGGGAGGACGAUUCCCUGGCAGCUGUGGAGGUCCUUGUUGCGGGGGUGAGGAUGGUAUACCCUUCCUGCCUGGUGCUUCUCCCCCUGUCGGACCUCCCCGCUGUGGUCCCUCAGGGCUCAGCCAACACCUCAGGAAGCCUGUGUGGUGCUCAGCAGGGCCAGGCUGCUCACAGAGAUCCUGCCAUGUCCUCUGUCACUCUGACUCCUCCAACAUCACCAGAGGAGGCUCAGACUGAUUAUCAGCCUGCCCAGAGGUGGCUCAAGUUGUCCUCUGCAUCCGAUGGCUACAGCUCUAACAACACUCUUCAUGGGGGUAAAAUCCCUCGUAGACUGGCCAGCCAGAUGGUGGAGUCUGUGUGGCAGGAAUAUAGCAUAAACCGCACAGGGAACAAGAGGAAGUUUACUACCUUGACAAAUGGGACCUGUGAGGAGGAGUCAGACAAAACUGGACUCUGGGAUUUUGUGGAGUCAACUCACAGGCCGCAUUGCAAUUGCGCUAGACAUAAAAAUCAGAAACAGCGAUCCAGCAGCACCUCAGGACACCCGCCAUCAUCGGGCCAGCUCGCCCAGCCGGUGCCCAAGCACAAGCUGGGCGAGAAGCUGGAGAAGGGGGAGAAGCAGCAGAGGAGGCCGCAGACGCCGUUCCACCACCGCAACUCGGUGAGUGAGGAGCAGUCCCUGGAGCCACAGACCCAGAGGCUUUGUCUAAGAUCACAGGAGGAGGGCUCAUAUCCCAGUCUGCACCAUGUGGACAUGGCGGCCUCCAAAGCCCCUACGCUGCACACACACGGCCCCCCUGCAGACCUUGUUGGAUCCCCGCCUCCCCCGCCUCUUAGCCCACAUCCGUGCGAUCACGGUGAAGGUGACAUGACUCCAGGUGGCAUAAAGAGCUCUUCCACGCCCAUCCACCAACCGUUCUACCCGCCGUCAGUGGAGCUGUGUCGGCUUCCACAGAAGGGCUCAUCUGAGGAGCCUCAGCUGGAGACCAUGCCUAUGCCUCUGCCCUUCCCCCCAGCAUUCAACGAAACCUUAGAACCAACUGUCUUUAUAGGUUCAGCCAUAAACCCCAACGAAGACUCUACCCACAACCCUUGGAAGUAUUUCAACCUGCCCAGGAAGAAGGCCUCCAACUUCCUGACACCCCAGCUACCUGUGGAUAAAAUACGAGAUGAUUCUGGGGGAGGUGGAGGAACAGAAAAUGUAGUUUCUGUAACUGAGUUGAUGUCAGGCUCCACGCAGAUGCUGAAGGUUUCCCAAGAGCUGGUCAAGACUUAUGCCCAGCGAAGAAACAGCCACCUUGCUCCCACCACAGGAGAUGAAGAGCACGGUGAGGAGCCAGACCCAUACGCCUUCGUGGAGGGAGAUGAAGAGUUCAACUUCACCGAGAAAAAGGACAAGGCUGGAGCUGAGAGAGAGGGCAACAAGAAACACAAGGCUGAUGAAGGAGCUGGAACUUCAGGAGAUGAUGGUCAGGGUCAAUCAGGCAGCAAACCCUUAGCCUCGACCAGCCUCAUCCAUGAGAAUGACUUGGCCGUGUCCUUCAGCGACCUGGAUAAGAUCUUCAAUUCAGAUGAAGACGAGCUGACGCCUGGAUCCAAAAGAGCUGGAGCUGGAGCAGAGGACAAGUUUGGCUGUAAAGAAAGUAAACCUGCCAUGUUGGACCCCCUGUCUUGCAUAAGCUCAGCGGACCUGCACAAGAUGUUUCCGACCCCACCCUCCCUGGAGCAGCAGGGUUACUCCCCCAUGAACUCCGGGAGCAAGGAUAGUCUGGAAGCAGGGGCGGGCCUCACCCUGUUGGACGGCAGCCAGCUCAACACUCACUUCAAGAUGGAGGUGGAGGAGGGAUUCUGCAGCCCAAAGCCAUCUGAAAUAAAGGACUUUUCCUUUGUUUAUAAGUCGGAAACGUGUCAGUCGGUCAUCGGCUGUUCCAUGUACGCCCCUCUGAAGACCCUACCCAGCCAGUGUCUGUUGCCCAUCAAACUGCCAGAAGACUGUGUUUACACUCGCAGCUGGACAAUGGGCAAAAUGGAACUCAUACCCCCAGUGACAAAUGUCAAUCUCCUCACCAAAGACAGUAACGUGCCCAGUGUGGAGCCAGACUACAGUCAGACAUACACCCCUCAGACCCACACACCGUUCAUGUCCAGCAGUGCUCCUCCCAGUAACAGCGGCGCAGGCAUCCUGCCCUCUCCAGCCACACCUCGCUUCUCUGUGCCCACCCCUCGCACGCCACGGACUCCACGGACUCCCCGCGGCCCAUCCAGCGUCCAGGGCUCUCUCAAGUAUGACAACUCUGACCUUUACUCCCCGGCCUCGACACCCUCCACCUGUCGACCGCUCAGCUCAGUUGAGCCUGCCACUGUACCAUCCAUCCCCGAGGCCCACAGCCUCUAUGUCACCCUCAUCCUCUCCGAGUCGGUCAUGAACCUCUACAAGGACUGCAACUUCGACAGUUGCUGCGUCUGCGUCUGCAACAUGAACAUCCGGGGGGCAGAUGUGGGAGUGUACCUCAAGGACAACGGUGAGGCCCAGUACCCCUGCACUUGUGGCUUCAGUGCAGUCACCAAUCGGCGCUUUGGACAGUCAGCUGGGCUCUUCCUGGAGGAUGAACUGGACGUUGUGGGACGGGGCUCAGAUGCGAGUCGCGACACAGAGCGGAGCUUCGAAGAGCUUCGCGCUUGCACCACGCACAAGGCCGGCAGUCUGAAGGAGAAGCCUCCAGAUGAGCUAAUUCUGCUGCUUCAGGACCAGUGCACCAACCCAUUCGCCCCAAUGGCCGGCGUGGAGUACCCCAAGCCGACUUCAGCACCCAGUUCAUUCCUGAGGGUUGAAGAGAGAGACUGUUAUAACGACUGCUACAUGGCACUGGAGCAUGGCAGGCAGUUCAUGGACAAUAUGUCAGGAGGAAAAGUGGAUGAAGCACUGGUGAAAAGCACCUGUCUUCAUCAGUGGCCAAAAUGCAAAUCCACGGAUAUGAGUAAGCUCUUCUCUCAGGACGUCCUGCGGGUGUUACUAUCCCUCCAGCCUGUGCUGCAGGACACCAUCCAGAAGAAAAGAAGCGUUCGCUCCUGGGGUGUUCAGGGACCGCUCACCUGGCAACAGUUCCACAAAAUGGCCGGGAGGGGAUCAUAUGGCACAGAUGAGUCUCCUGAGCCUCUGCCCAUCCCGACCUUUUUGGUCGGUUAUGAGUAUGACUUUGUUGUGCUGUCUCCGUUCGGAUUGCCUUACUGGGAGAAGCUCCUCCUCGAUCCUUUUGGCUCCCAGAGAGAUGUGGGAUAUGUUGUCAUCUGCCCAGAGAAUGAGGCUCUGCUCCGCGGGGCCAAGUCCUUCUUUAAAGAUCUGAGUACUAUGUAUGAGGCAUGCCAGCUUGGGCAACACAGGCCCAUCUGUAAGAGUCACCCAGAGGGCGUUUUGAAGGUCGGCACCACAGAGGGCAGGAGCAUGACAGAGCAGCCUCUCAGUGAUUGGUUCCUGAAGAUGGCUACCAGAGAUGCAAACAACGAAGCCUUCAAUAAGCUCAAACGCUUUGCUCAAGUGUGCCGCUAUGAUCUAGCUCCGUACCUGUCAGAGCAGUCUUUGGAUAGUUCUCUAUUGUCCCAGCGCUGCCCCACCGUGGUCUCCUCCCCCCAGACCCCCAGCUCUUCUUCCAGCACCUCCUCAGGACCCCAGAGCACCAACACUACCAGCUCCAGCACCAGCUCUGCCCAGCCUGCCCAGGUCAACAGCACCCCUUCCUCCUCCUCCUCAGGCUCCCAGACCAUCGGGGGAAUGGCGUCGGCCAAGCCAAGCUCCUACUCGCCGUUUGGGACCGCAGGCUUGCAGGGCAGCACGUCUCAGAACGGACCCCAGUCCAACCAACAGGGUGCAGGGGGGCUGGCGGAAAACGGACCCUCAGCCAAUCAGUCUCAAGCAUCCACUGAGAUCCCAGAGAGCACAAUGGAGAGAGACAAAGUGGGCAAGCCCACAGAUGGAGAGUCCCACGCUGUGUCUUACCCGCCCGCCAUUGUGGUGUACAUCGUCGACCCCUUUAGUUACGAGGACGCAGACAGAGAGGUCCACUCCAGCACCUACACACUGGGCCUGCUGCGUUGUUACAUGGAGAUGCUCCAGUUCCUGCCUGCUCAGAUCAGAAACGCUGUCUCUGUACAGGUACGGCUCAAAGAGGUUUAA